GGGACACGGAGACACCUGAAAAUGACGCCCCUUAUACCUAAAACUCGUUUUUUUCCGGAAUCGGCCCGCCGCGAGCCGCCGCCUCCCCGCCGCUGCAGCGAUGGAAGCUUGCUUAGUGAAGACGAAGAAGGAAAUUCAAAUAGAUUGAUGGUCGGGGACAAAAACUCUAGAACUCGGCCUUAUUAUUUGAGGAGGUGUAAAAGGGUGAGGCCGACGAACAUAGAGUCCCUCCCCAGCGAGCUCUUAUCCGACAUCCUCGUGCGUCUGUCAGCUGAUCAUCUCUACGAUAGAGUAAGGCUUGCGUGCCUCAGGUGGUACCACAUUAUCCAUUCUUAUGAUUUUGUCAACGCACAAAUUCAGCAUUCUACAUGUGGACUUCUUCUCUGCUGCCGUGAAGUGUGGGGCGGUCAUCAUCCAAUUCUCAUCACUGCAACGCAAGGCGGCCGAAUUGAGACAUCUGAGUUCACUUACUUAUACAGAGGCAUGUUAAUAAACUGUUGCAAUGGUUUGUGCUUAGAGACAUACUGCCGUCGUAGAAUUCCAUACAUUAUAAAUCCUGCAACAAAGCAAUCAUUCAUUAUCCCUUCUGUUGGUGGCAGACAAGGGGACAACCCUUUUCUCUUUUGCUUUUACUUUUUGCUUUUUCCUUUUGCUUUUUGUAGUGAAAGUCGUAAGGGGAGAGAGAGCGUAAGUGAAUACUCACUUCUUGCUUCAGACAUCAAAGAGAGAGCAGAGAGAGCUGUGAGAGAAAAACAGAGAGACUGGGUGUGA